AUGGCACAAGACUCCAAGACUAACGCCAGUAACGGCGCGCAAGGCGCGAACGGUACUCAUAACAACGGCGGAAGACACCAAGGUUCCACCGCAACACUACUUGGCAUGCAACAGAAUCACGAUGCCCAAAGCUACCGGAAUUUGGAAGAAUACACCGCGUCCCUCGCGAUGCUGGAGGAGCAGGACCGCCAGCGAAGGUACUUGGCCAGGGAAGAUCGCCAGAGGCAGCCGCAGACGCCUUCAUCCAACACAUCACCAAUCUCACCAGCGUCAGCGAGUAGUAAUGGCUAUCAGCAGUGGAUGACCACCGGCAGAGAGCAGUCGCAAGACGCGAUCCAGCAGUAUCAGCGGAUGCUGCUUGACGAGCAACGACGGCGAAAUCAAGAACUGGGACGGAACUCAUGA